AAAAAAAAAAAAGAGGAGGAGGAGGAGGGUGAGAGUGAAGCUCGGAGUGCAGAGAAAAGGGGCCACCGGCUGCCCCCCCGCUUCCCCGCACGCGCUCUCCGGCCGCGGCCGCCCGCCCGCCGCGGCUCCCCCGGCGUCUUCCGCGGUCCCCGGGAUCGGGUUGAGGCGUUGGCGAAGGCCCUGCCGGGCGGCCAUGCGGCGGUGACAGGCGCUCGGCCGAGACGCACGGGCCCCUCGCCCUCCCCUCCGGCCCCGCUCGCCCGGCUCGCCCGCCGCCCCGACGCCGCUCCGUGGCGGCCGCAGCCCGCGCGCGGCCCACACGCUCGCUUCCCGUCGACGCCCCCGGCCCCGGCGCUGCCUGGAGGCGGCCGCACUCGGGGAUCAUGGCCCAGGUCGCGAUGUCCACCGUGCCCGUGGAAGACGAGGAGUCAUCGGAGAGCAGGAUGGUGGUAACCUUCCUCAUGUCCGCGCUCGAGUCCAUGUGUAAAGAGCUUGCCAAGUCCAAGGCGGAGGUGGCCUGCAUCGCCGUGUACGAGACGGAUGUGUUCGUCGUGGGCACUGAGCGGGGACGUGCCUUCGUCAACACCCGGAAAGAUUUCCAGAAAGAUUUUGUAAAAUACUGUGUCGAGGAAGAGGAGAAGGCUGCAGAGAUGCAUAAAAUGAAGUCUAUGCCGCAGGCCAACCGGAUGAGUGUGGACACGGUGGAGAUCGAGACGCUCAGAAAGACUGUGGAGGACUAUUUCUGCUUUUGCUACGGGAAAGCUUUAGGCAAGUCUACCGUGGUGCCUGUCCCCUACGAAAAGAUGCUCCGGGACCAGUCAGCUGUGGUCGUCCAGGGGCUCCCCGAAGGAGUCACCUUCAAGCACCCUGAGAACUACGACCUCGCGACCCUGAAAUGGAUUUUGGAGAAUAAAACGGGGAUUUCUUUUAUCAUUAAGAGACCUUUCCUGGAGCCUAAGAAGCACCUCGGCGGUCGUGUGAUGGUGCCGGAUGCCGAGAGGUCCAUGCUGUCUGCAGGUGGAAGCUGUGGCCCCAUCAAAGUGAAAACUGAACCCACAGAAGAUUCUGGAAUUUCUCUGGAAAUGGCAGCUGUGACAGUAAAGGAAGAAUCCGAAGAUCCUGAUUACUAUCAAUAUAACAUUCAAGCAGGCCCUUCUGAAACUGAUGAUGUUGAUGACAAACUCCCCCUUUCGAAGUCUUUGCAAGGAAGCCAUCAUACUUCAGAAGGCAAUGAAGGAACAGAAAUGGAAGUACCAGCCGAAGAUUCUACUCAACAUGUCCCUUCAGAAACAAGUGAGGAUCCUGAAGUUGAGGUGACUAUUGAAGACGAUGAUUAUUCUCCACCUACCAAGAGACCAAAGAGCAGCGAGCCACCGCCCCCGCCGGUCCCGGAGCCUGUCAACGCUGGGAAGCGGAAAGUGCGCGAGUUCAACUUUGAGAAGUGGAACGCUCGGAUCACUGAUCUACGCAAACAAGUGGAAGAGCUGUUUGAGAGGAAAUACGCUCAAGCCAUAAAAGCCAAAGGCCCCGUGACGAUCCCGUACCCUCUUUUCCAGUCGCACGUCGAGGAUCUGUAUGUGGAGGGACUUCCAGAGGGGAUCCCUUUCCGGCGGCCGUCGACGUACGGGAUCCCCCGCCUUGAGAGGAUCUUACUCGCAAAGGAGCGAAUCCGCUUUGUGAUUAAGAAACAUGAGCUUCUGAAUUCGACACGGGAAGACUUGCAGCUCGAUAAGCCAGCUUCAGGAGUGAAGGAAGAGUGGUACGCCAGGAUCACCAAGUUACGCAAGAUGGUCGACCAGCUCUUCUGCAAGAAGUUUGCCGAGGCCUUGGGGAGCACCGAAGCCAAGGCUGUCCCUUAUCAGAAGUUUGAGGCGCACCCGAAUGACCUCUACGUGGAAGGACUGCCGGAGAACAUUCCUUUCAGAAGCCCCUCGUGGUACGGAAUCCCCAGGCUGGAGAAGAUCAUCCAAGUGGGCAACCGGAUUAAGUUUGUUAUUAAAAGACCAGAGCUCCUGACCCACAGCACCACUGAAGUUACACAGCCGAGAACUAACACGCCAGUCAAAGAAGAUUGGAAUGUCAGAAUUACCAAGUUGCGGAAACAAGUAGAAGAGAUAUUUAACUUGAAAUUUGCUCAAGCUCUGGGACUCACCGAGGCCGUGAAGGUUCCGUACCCCGUGUUCGAGUCAAACCCCGAGUUCCUGUAUGUGGAGGGUCUGCCCGAAGGGAUUCCUUUCCGCAGCCCCACCUGGUUUGGGAUCCCAAGACUGGAGCGCAUUGUCCGCGGGAGCAACAAGAUCAAGUUUGUCGUGAAAAAACCGGAGCUGGUUGUAUCCUACUUGCCGCCGGGAAUGGCCGGUAAAAUCAACACGAAAGCGUUGCAGUCCCCGAAAAGACCUCGCAGCCCUGGGGGGAACCCCAAAGUGCCCGAGAUCGAGGUCACCGUGGAAGGUCCUAAUAACAACAACCCCCAGACCUCUGCCGUGCGCACCCCCACCCAGACCAAUGGCUCCAACGUGCCCUUCAAGCCUCGAGGGAGGGAGUUUUCCUUUGAGGCCUGGAAUGCCAAAAUCACAGACCUCAAGCAGAAAGUCGAAAAUCUUUUCAAUGAGAAAUGCGGGGAGGCGCUCGGCCUGAAGCAAGCGGUGAAAGUGCCCUUCGCCUUGUUUGAGUCGUUCCCCGAGGACUUCUAUGUGGAGGGCCUGCCCGAGGGCGUGCCCUUCCGCCGCCCGUCCACCUUUGGCAUUCCCCGGCUGGAGAAGAUUCUCCGAAACAAAGCCAAGAUCAAGUUCAUCAUCAAGAAACCCGAAAUGUUCGAGACGGCAAUUAAGGAGAGCACGUCCUCCUCCAAGAGCCCUCCGAGGAAGAUAAACUCGUCCCCCAGUGUCAACACCACUGCAUCCGGCGUUGAGGAUCUCAAUAUCAUCCAGGUGACCAUUCCAGAUGAUGAUAAUGAAAGGCUGUCCAAGGUGGAGAAGGCCAGGCAGCUGAGAGAGCAGGUCAAUGAUCUCUUCAGCCGGAAGUUCGGUGAAGCGAUUGGCAUGGGCUUCCCCGUGAAGGUGCCCUACCGGAAGAUCACCAUCAACCCUGGCUGCGUGGUGGUGGACGGCAUGCCCCCCGGCGUGUCCUUCAAGGCCCCCAGCUACCUGGAGAUCAGCUCCAUGAGAAGGAUCUUAGACUCUGCAGAGUUCAUCAAAUUCACGGUCAUCAGACCCUUCCCGGGGCUGGUGAUCAAUAACCAGCUGGUUGACCAGAGCGAAUCUGAAGGCCCAGUGAUACAAGAGUCGGCUGAGCCCAGCCAGCUGGAGGCACCGGCCACAGAAGAAGCCAAGGAGACUGACGGGAACUCGCAGAUCAAGCAGGAGCCGGACCCCACGUGGUAGACUCGUCCUCCUACGCUUCCAGUAUCGAGGUCGAGAAGAGUUUCCGGACCUGCGCCCGCCCCGCUGUGUAAUAUACUUGUAUAACAGAAAUACCUUCUAUACAAACCUUUUUUUCUACUUUUAGAUAGAAAUGUCUACUUUUUCAGCAGUUCUGUGAAUUGAAUUAAAGAGCAGAGUGACUGUAGCUUUGGAAUGGCUGGUUGACUUUGGAAUGUAUUCUGCGGAUCUGACGGCAGUGCUGGCGGUGGACGGGAGACGCCAGGGACGGCCCCCGGCUCCUCCGUGCUCCCGUGGCGGCCGACUCGCUCCUCCCGGGACAGCUCAGCUUCUGCGUGAAGAGAAACACCCGUGAUAGUUCAGUUCUUGAGUUUUUCUAUUUGAAAAAUCAUUUCGAUGAUCCUUUUGUUCACAACUCUCCUUAAUGACUGAGCGAACAGUUAGUAUCUGUAUAUUUGACUAAACCCUUUUCCGAAGCUGUCUGUCUAUCAUGGUUCUCUGGUUUUGUUUUGGCUUUUGGAUUUUUUUGGUUUUGUUGUUUGUUUUUGUUUUUGUUUUUUUGUUUUUUUAAUCAUAAUUAAAAGCGAGCACCCGGUCACCCAGCAGCCACCUGCGAGGUCAGUAUCUCCACGUGUGCUGAGAGAUGAUGGGCACGACCCUUCUCAUCCCCUCCGCGUGCUGUGUGGGGGACGGGAGUCCUAUGCGGUGGCUUGUGUGGGCUGCGGGGCCGCUUUCCCGGCUUGGAUCAGGUUCGGGGGGUGGGGGGGUUCGUUGCCUUCAUUCUUGUAUCAUUCUGCUUGUAACACUGAGGCCCCAGCGCAGGGCGGGAGGGGCCCCGCUGGGGUCCGGCCGUCUCGGGCGCCUCGUCCGCACGGAGAUGGCGUGAGCAGGAGGGGCCGGUGCGGCCGCACUCUGACGGCGGGAGGACUGGACGGCGUAGUUCCCAUUAGCUUUAUCACGAUAUUCACAAUGGAGAAUUAUACUACAUGGUAGCAGAAAUAGGCCUUUUUACGUGUUGCUUAUAUUUUACCUCAAAUUAAAUUGUAGAUAUAGGGUAAUAAAUAAAGAUCCAUCCAUGCCUUUCA